GGCGGCCAUCAGACAGAUAUGAUUAUCUGAAGUCUCCAUUCCUCCUUCUGUUUUGGACUACUGUGCUAGACUCUCACUUUUAUUCUCUUAUUUUCAUAAAAUCAAGUGGGUACCAGAGAAUGUUACAUUUGUCUUUGUUUUCAUGUAAAUCAGACUGCCCUUGCCACCACUAUCUUGAAACUGAGAUUAUGUAAUUUAUUUCAAAUUCAAGUAAAAAUUACCAGCUGCUAUAAAGCUUGUUCACAAAGUUGUUUUUUUUCCCCCGCAAGGAGGGACAAUGGGGGUUUCUUCCACUUUAAUUUUACAAUAGAAAUGUCUAAGAUCUCAAAUACUAUGUUGGAUGAAGGGAUUAAUUCAGUCUAUAUCAUCAGAGAAGGAAAUAUUGUAUAAAAUCUAUAUUUAGAACACCUGGUAUUUGAUGGACUAGGAAUUUUUUUUCAGAGGAGGAAAAAAAACACGGUGCAGGAUCCUUUUCCUGUGCUGUUAAUAACAAUUGCCCCAUGUGAUGCCUGCUAUGCAUGGUGGAAAAGCAGCUGAGAAUGGAGCCACAGGCGUGGAGCUGGACCUUGAAUUCACUGCAGAUGGCAUUCCCAUUCUAAUGCAUGAUGAUACAGUAGAAAGGACAACUGAUGGGUCUGGGAGUUUACGUGAUUUUACGUUUGAAGAAAUUAGGAAGCUUAAUCCAGCCGCAAAACAUAGACUAUGGAGAGAUUUCCGGGGUGAAAAAGUACCAACUUUGAAAGAAGCUGUUAUGGAAUGUAUGCGUUAUAACCUCAUAAUCUACUUCGAUGUCAAAGGCCAUGCAAAUCAGGCAGUUGAUGCCCUAAAACUCCUCUAUCUGGAAUAUCCUCGUUUGUACAACAGUAGCAUUGUCUGCUCUUUCAUACCAGAGAUCGUCUAUAAGAUGCGGCAAUCUGAUAGGAAUGUUGUUACGGCAUUAACACACAGGCCCUGGAGCCUUAGUCAUUUUGGAGAUGGGAAGCCUCGUUUUGAUUGCUUUUGGAAGCACUAUGGAUAUAUGAUGAUGGACAUCAUUCUGGACUGGAGCCUGCACAACUUCUUGUGGUACCUGUGUGGGGUUUCAGCUUUCCUCAUGCAGAAAAAUUACAUUUCACAAGAGUAUGUGAGGCAGUGGUCUUCACGAGGAGUUCAAGUGGUUGGCUGGACAGUGAACACAUUUACAGAAAAAAUGUACUAUGAGAACGUCCUUGAGACCAGCUAUAUCACAGACAGCUUGGUGGAGGACUGUGAUCCUCACUAUUAGACUUACACUAUAUGGGACUCUUAAAUAUGCCAUCCUGGUUCAUGCAGAUCUGAGUUCAGCACCAAAGGGUCCAAAGAUGCAGAAUGAGGCUGCAUACAUAAGUUGGGUUUUUUUUGCUUGUACUGUACGAUUGGAUCUUAAAUCACAGCAAAUCCCUCUGUCACACUACUAGGCCGAGCCACAAUCAGCAUUAGCGCUGAGGAGAAAUGUUGUGUGCCUCUGCUAUCAGAGGAAAUUGUUGUAUGGUCUAAAAUGAUCAGUUGUGAUCAUCUGAUUUGGUAACUAGUAAUACAGACAGGUGGCUUAUAAGUCAUCUAAUCAAACUGUUUCUUUACUUGAUUUAACCCUUUUUUAAGUCGUCAGCAGCUUUUGAAUGCCUAAUUUUAAACUGUACAUUAAACAAUCUGCUCCUCAAA